AUUCCAACUUGACAGAUUUUGUGAAUUUGUCGGAAUUUGUCCUUCAUCUGACAUUUUAAAACUCCAUCUUGUACUGAACGUACGUGGUGGUGGUCAGUUAUUCAACAAAUUUUCUAUAACUUGCCGAGAACAUGUCAAAAAUUGGAAUCAAUGGAUUUGGCCGCAUUGGCCGUUUGGUGCUCCGUGCUUCUAUUGAAAAAGGAGCUCAAGUGGUCGCUAUAAAUGACCCUUUCAUCGGUCUUGACUAUAUGGUUUAUCUUUUCAAGUAUGAUUCCACCCAUGGCCGUUUUAAGGGCAGUGUUGAGGUUCAGGAUGGAUUCCUUGUUGUUAAUGGUAACAAAAUUGCUGUUUUCUCAGAAAGGGACCCUAAGGCCAUUCCGUGGGGAAAAGCUGGGGCUGAAUAUGUUGUAGAGUCUACUGGUGUCUUUACCACUACAGAUAAAGCAUCUGCUCACUUGGAGGGAGGUGCUAAAAAAGUUAUUAUAUCAGCUCCCAGUGCUGAUGCCCCCAUGUUUGUUGUGGGUGUUAACCUAGAAGCUUAUGACCCCUCUUUUAAGGUCAUCUCAAAUGCUUCUUGCACCACAAACUGUCUUGCCCCACUUGCAAAGGUUAUUCAUGAUAACUUUGAAAUUGUUGAGGGCUUGAUGACUACUGUUCAUGCCACAACUGCUACACAGAAAACUGUUGAUGGACCUUCUGGAAAAUUAUGGCGUGAUGGCCGUGGUGCUCAACAAAACAUCAUUCCUGCCUCUACUGGUGCUGCCAAAGCUGUGGGUAAGGUUAUCCCUGCUCUUAAUGGCAAGCUGACUGGAAUGGCAUUCCGCGUCCCUGUUGCUAAUGUAUCUGUUGUUGAUCUAACUGUUCGUCUUGGAAAACCUGCAAGCUAUGAAGCCAUCAAGCAAAAGGUCAAGGAGGCAGCUGAAGGUCCUUUGAAGGGCAUUCUCGGGUAUACUGAAGAUCAAGUUGUGUCCUCAGACUUCAUUGGUGAUUCACACUCUUCAAUCUUUGAUGCUGCCGCUGGAAUUUCUUUGAAUGACAACUUUGUGAAGCUGAUCAGUUGGUACGACAAUGAAUAUGGUUAUUCCAGCAGAGUCAUUGAUCUCAUCAAGUACAUUCAAUCUAAAGAUUAAACUCUUGAUCUAAUGUAUGAAUGUAAGGAUAUUUUUCAACAUGUACGUCGAGAUUAUCUAUCGGCUUAAAUAUAAGUUAAGAUUAUUAUUAUUUUUUGUAAAUUAUUUUACUACUUUGAAUAGUAGUACACUGCUUGUUAUUUAGAAAAUACUUAUAGAAAUGGUUUGCUAUAUUCAAGUAUUUGACGAAAUCACAAAAAUAACUUAUGCAGUUGCAAAUAAAAUAUUAUUCAAUCAA